AACAACUUGUUUCAAAAUUACACACCCACAGCUCGACCAAGAAUGAAUAGUUCAGAAAGUGUUGGCGUUACAUUAGAUUUCUUUUUGACACGUCUUGAUGAAUUGAAUCUCCGUAAGCAGUCAUUAACAGUAACAGGUUGGCUUUAUGCGGAAUGGAUCGACGAUUUUUUGAAGUGGGAUCCUGAUGAUUAUAAUAAUGUAUCUAGUAUAGUUAUUCCAGCUAAUAGAGUGUGGAUUCCAGACAUCUCAUUAGGAAACAGUGUCGAUGAUAUUUUCAAGAGUGAGUUUGUCGAAUUAUUUCGCGUGUCUAUCUACAGUAAUGGUAGAGUUGUUUGGGAACCAGGUGGUGUCUUCAGUAUAGCCUGUCCAAUAGAUAUCACAUAUUACCCGUUUGACCACCAGACCUGUGAACUAAGUUUCGGUAACUGGCAAUACACUAAAGACCAAGUAUUAUUAAGAAACCGAAGUCACGUGGUUGCUUUAGAAAACUAUUCAAAAAAUGGCGAAUGGACGAUUGAAUACACUAAGGUUUAUUCGUCUGCCUUUGUCUAUCAGUGCUGUCCAGAAUUGUCCUAUCCAGAAGUGAAUUUUAAACUCCAUAUCCGUCGUAAAUUUAUGUACUAUUUUAUCAACAUUAUGAUACCGUGUUUAAUGAUGUCUAUUCUGGUGUUGAUGGUGUUCUAUUUGCCUCCCGAUGCCGGCGAAAAGAUUUCUCUUGGCGUAACUGUGUUGCUGUCAUUUUCCGUGUUUCAACUGAUGAUAGCUGAGGAGAUGCCCACAUCGUCUAAUGCAACACCUUUGUUAGAAAUCUACAUGUUAUGUUUUAUGGGAGCUUCAACAUUUUCUGUUACUGUUUCUGUGUUUGUGCUAAAUUUACAUCACCGAACUGAAUAUAACAAGCCUCCUGAUUGGUUGAGAUAUAUAUGUUUACAAUUCUCGAGUCUGCAUUCGAGGAGAGAAUUUCUGAAUGCAGUACAAGAUGUCUAUGCCGAAGUCUGUCAAUCCAGAAGAGACGAAGAAUUAGGACAGGCUUUAGAAAAUGAAUGGAAAUUAAUUGCCAGGGUUGUGGAUAGAUGUUUCUUUAUUGUGUGUACCUCCAUGUUAAUCAUUUCAUCUAGCGUCAUAUUUGGUAUUAUGCCGUAUCAUCACGCGGAGGAAAUAACAGUCUAG